AUGAGAUACUCCGCUGCCAUUGAGGCUGUUGACGCCGUUGCCGUUGGGGCUCGACAGUCCAAUGACAAGCACAAAUUCCCAGCGAGUGUUCCUUCCAGACCUACCGCUGAGAAAAUGAAAGCCUAUUGUGACCUCGUUGCGUCAAAGGGUCUCACUGCCAAAGGCCAUGACCAACGCGUCGACACAGUACGCAAAGAGGAAAAAUCGUGUGUGGUCCUAUCGCAAUCGCCUGAUUGA